CUUCUGUUCAUCCUGUCGAGUAAUUUUUGUGGCGCAUAUGCAUUUAUCACAACAACAAUAGUCUUAAAAAAUGUGAUAAAGAGCGACUAAUGAUCCGGUCAAAUUGCUACAACCGUCUCAUCUCUGUAAAGGGGGUCAAACAUUUAAGAAACACCACUUCUGGAUGUAGCCUUCAAAAAAAAAGCCCAACUAAUUUUGAAACUUUACAUAUGAAGCAUUAAUGCGUACUGAAAACACGUGUGAGAUGUGGAAAGCUUAAAAAUAAGUUAAUAUUUUAAGAAGGAUACUUUCUCAAAUGCAUUAUUAUUUGGCACUUUGUCUUAAGUUUGUUGUUUGAUGUGAUCUUUUGGAGAAGCAUAAAUGAAAUACUUUAACUUCCGGUUUUUCCGCCUUGUAUGUGGGUGACUUGACGCAUCUCUCGGUGCUGAGGGGGUGUGUUCAAAGAUUUAAAUCCCUCAGACAUGCGUAGAUGCAGAUUCGUGCUGCUGGGUGCGCCAUAUUGGCUGACUUACAUGGGGAGUGGAGUUGAACAAGCUGCUUGGAAAACCAAACCAGUUUCCGAACAUGAAGCACUUUAAGGAUAACAAGUAAACCAACGCGGUAGGAUUUAUUUGUUACCUUGGGUGCAAAGUGUUUAAUUUGCCAAAUUGCUCGCCAUUUUCUCGUGAGGAGGUUCUCCGUAAACUCGAGUCCAAUGGAUCCCAGGACCGCUUGGAUCCAGCCCGAGCAGAAGGGACCUGCCAAUUCCCUGUGGAUGCACAUUUGGGAAACCUCUCAGGGAUUUGGGGCAAACUCCGGCAUCGACAACCGCCUUCACCUCCAACGCAACUUUGCAGCGCAAAAUUCAAACUCCGCGGAUUCAAUCGUCGAGUAUUGCAAAAAUGUAGCACCCCCGCCGCCGGGGAUUGUGUUCGGGAAACUGCCAAAGCGAGACGGCGGCGGAGAUAGAGGAAGUGUCCGGAGGAAGGGCUCGUUGUCGCCGUCCUCCUCCUCGCUGGACUCGGAGGCCGAAAGCUCGUCGCCCUCCGGCUCCUGUCUGCAGAUCGACAAUUUGAGCGUUGCAGAGGAGGCCAGCCGGUUUUUACACUACGGUGAGCACGAGUUGAACGAGAACAAUCUCAGAGCACAGCAAUUUCCCCCUCCGCCUUUUCACACUGUUCAGCAACACUGUCGCAGCAUGCAACAAUCUACCGGCCACACCCCCACGGGGAUGAAAUAUCAGCAUGGGAACAAGCACCACCACUAUCAGUCUCAUUCAUCCGGCCGCAGGAGGCAUCUGAACAGAGCCAAUACCUUCCAUGGCAUCAACCCGCUCCUGUCCUACGGCUGCAAUGGACACUAUGUGGACUCCUCUUGCAGCCUGUGGAAAACCAGGCGGUACAGUCCGGGCAUUAAUGGCCUGCAUGAAGAGAUAGUGGACUUUUUCAACUUCAUGUCACCACGACCAGAGGAGGAGGCCAUGAGAAGAGACGUCGUGAACAGAAUAGAAAGUGUCAUCAAGGACUUGUGGCCCACAGCGCGGGUGGAGAUAUUUGGCAGCUUUAGCACAGGAUUGUAUCUUCCAACAAGUGACAUUGACCUGGUGGUGUUUGGAAAGUGGGACCAUCCUCCACUGCAGGAACUGGAACAAGCCCUGAAGAAACACAAUGUGGCUGGCUCAUAUCCAAUCAAGGUCCUUGACAAAGCUACAGUGCCAAUCAUCAAGCUUACUGACCAUGAAACAGAGGUGAAAGUGGACAUCAGCUUCAAUGUAGAGACUGCAGUGAAAGCAGCACAGUUCAUCAAAAGCUACCUUAAGAAGUACACUGUUCUGCCACCUCUGAUCUUCGUCUUGAAGCAGUUCCUACUGCAGAGGGAUUUGAACGAAGUCUUCACUGGAGGCAUCAGCUCUUACAGCCUUAUACUAAUGGCCAUCAGCUUCCUGCAGUUACAUCCGCGGAUCGACACACGACGUGCCAACAUCAACUUGGGCAUCCUGCUGAUAGAGUUCUUUGAGCUAUACGGCCGGGAUUUCAACUACAUGAAAACCGGUAUCCGGGUAAAGAAUGGAGGGGCCUACCUGUCCAAGGAGGAAAUGCUCAAAGCCAUGGGGAAUGGAAAUAGGCCAUCAAUGCUCUGCAUAGAAGAUCCAAUACAGCCAGGGAAUGAUGUGGGCAGGAGUUCAUACGGCGUCUUGCAGGUCAAGCAGGUGUUUGAUUUUGCCUACAUGGUACUGAGUCAUGGAGUGUCUCCUCUUGCACGUGCUUACCCCAACAAAGAGUAUGACAGUACUUUAGGACGAAUCAUCAAAGUCAGCCCAGAAGUGUUGGCCUACAGGGACUGGACAAUUAAGAAGUGGGGAGCCAAGCAGUACACCAAGCUGGAGAACCAUGCAGUAUUCUGUUCAGUUGCAGAUGUGGAGACCUGUGAGCAGGACCUUGCCAGACUGAUGCUGGUUUCUGUGGAAGAUCAGAGAGACAGUUCCUCCCCCCUCAGCACUGACUCCCCCUCACCUUCUCCAGUCUUCCUUCCCAGCCCCCAACACCAUUCAUCGUCAUCUUCCUCAGCAUGCUCGCUCUCCUCCUCCUCCUCCGGAAGUGACAUAGAGUCUGAUUCUCCCCCGAGCAGCAAUGCUACGAUCCAGCUCCACCCCCUCACCCUGGCUUCAGUCCAUUCAGUAAUCCAGAUGGCUACUGACCUGAGGGCACAUCCAGCAAGCUUCAUCCACACCACGCCUCAGGUCCAGGUGUCCCUCCCAGAAAACCUAACCAUCCCAUCCCUCUCUGAUUGCCAGUUCUACCACGAGAAUCCACCUUCAAUCGGUGUCGUGCACCGUCAUGCAUCACAAGCUGCACAAGUCUCCCACCACACAAACUCCACAAGCCCCCUCCCUAGUCCCCUCCACCGGCUCCACCACCCUCAGGUAGGAGGGCAGCAGAGCCACACUUACACCAUGAGAUCCAAUUCUCAUGGCUCCAUUGAGCCGCACAAAUUGAGCUUCAAGCACAACCAAGGUGGCGGCUUCCGAAGUCAAAACCACUCUCAAGGUAACUUCAGUCCCCAGCAGCGGUUCAUUCCUCAGACUCAUAACGCGGCAUCAGGUUUCAGGAACCAACAGCAGUACAACCGUAACACCUGGCGACGCAGAAAGAGGGACAGUCUUCCUGUUCUCAACCAGAGCAGAUGAAAGACUGAAGGUGCAGGAUUUGACAUUAGUCGUAUUGGCAGUUGAAGGCCUCACCCAGUCCAUCAUGAUUCUUUGGUUUGAGAAGCCGUGAAUGAUUCAUGAUACCUAUUUUUGUUGGAGUCUUGCAAAAAUAGGAAUGAUCGAUCUCUGCUAGCAUUGUGCAAGCAUUAAGUGAAGCUACUUGCUCUUGCAGAUGAAGGAAGACUGUAAAAUGUAACUCUGGUCAUUUUAUUAUAUCAGUCUGAUGGUAGUCAGAGCCCUUCCUCUAAAUUUGAUGUACACCAGCACAGACUUUGAGUAGAAUGCGGAAUUGCUUAUUCUCAGAUGUAGUCUUCUCACCAGUGUCACUUCCCAGUAGCUAAAAUCUGCAACUGUUUUAAAACAUGUGUGCCAUAGUACUGAACUGGUUUGUCAAACCUGGUCUGUCUCUCCAAGUUUUGAGCCUUUUUGACAAGAUUUUUGGCUCAUUUGGUCUUCUGAAUGCAACUCCCUAACAGCACGCUCCUGAUUGAGAGCUCUCACAGCUUUGACUAUCAUCUCUGAAUUGUACUCUGGACUGAAGUGAAGCACUACCUUUCUACCUAUGCAGCGCAACGCUGACUUGAUAUUUUUGGUGUGAUGGCACAAAACUGACUUUGUCUCAAGUGCUUAAACUGUGAUUACUUGUUUGAAUGUACUAAGUGUUUCUUUUUUUUGUGUGUCUUGGUCAUAAUCUUUUUGUUCUCUUGUUUUUGUCACUGAGGGUUUUUUUUUUUGUUGUUGUUGUUGUUGUUCACAUCAGCACUAUGAUGUUUUUGUACUGUAAACAUUGCCACCUUAUUUUAAGUUUGUUGCAUUUAUAUGCAACAAUGACUUGCUUUUAUUUAAUUUAUUUCACAUUUUAGUUUUAUUUUAGGGGUUCUCCCCACUAUAAGUUUGCUUUUUUUUGAUUCUAUACUACAUUGAUCUGUGCAAUAGAUGGAUUUAAGGGCCUUGAUGGAAUGUGUUUGUGUGUGAACAGCUUUCCAGCAGAAGGGGGAGCUAUGGUAUAACAGCAUGACAAAUGUGCCAAAAAUCCCAUGAUGCCAACAUUUUUCUCAUGUUUAAUUUACCAUUGCGUUACUAUCACUUGAACUUUUGCCAACUGCCUGUUCAAAUGUUUUUCCACUUGUAGUUCUCAUUUUCAACAACCACUUCUCAGUGGUUUGACUUUUAUUUUAGGUGCAUUUUCUCUUGAUAGACUGUACUGGGGAAAUGCAUCUUUAGCAGUGUUCACUCGUCAUUUCAAAAAUUAGGUUUCAGAAAUAGUUGGUGCUACUUAUUACCAGCAAAGUGCUUGUUUUCUCUGCCUUAUAUCUCCUUUGAUUCUGUUUAAGCAACAGGUUUAACUGCCUUCAUAAAUGACCAAAUUUUCCCUUUUUCCUGUAUGUAGCUAAAGCUUUCUGUCUUUGUUUCAAUGAGCACUGUCAGGGUUACUUAUUUUAAUCUUAUUAUUUUUAGAUACAGCUUCUAGGUGUAUGCUCUAGGAGCAGACUCCCACUGCAGUCAGUGAAUGUUAGCAUCAUCAUGUCACACUUUUUUUUUUUUUUUUUUUUUUUUUUUUUUUUUAAAUUCAGAGGUCAUAGUUACAAAUCGGUUGCGUAAGAGGUCCUUACAUUUCAGAGGGAUCCCUCUCCAUAUUUAAAGUCAGUAUUGCUAAAACAAGGUUUCAAAGCUACAUAAUUUACACCGUAAUCCAUAAAAGGACUUGAGCUUGGGACAUCGCAUAUUCACCAUUACAGGAGUUUUGGUAGAGCCAUUAACAAAAACCAAACUUUGGUGAAGUCAUGUGUUCCAGAAGUCUGAUUAUUGUAACACCCUGGGUACCAAACUGAUGGAAUCAACAUGAUACUGCUGGAACUGUCCCCUUGUUCUCAGUUUGGCUUUUCAGCGAGCCAUGUAAAGGACAACUAACUCCCACAAACCAAAUCCCCAGCUCAUAUCUAUGUAAUUAUGGAUGGGUUGUAAUGUGUAAAUGACAUAUAGAUCUAUACCUUGUUUUUUAUGUAAGUUUUUCUAUUUUUUUAAUAAACAUUUUAAAACUCCCA